AUGUUUCGACUAAUAGAUCAACUUUUGGGUAAUCUGCAUGGCGGAAAAUAUGUUUCUGUCAUACAACUCGUCACGAAAGCAUCUUCUAGUACAAUCCAUUUCCACUUUAAUGCAAACCCAACAUUUUGUUUGCAAGCAUUCUGCUACGGCUGCGGAUGCGUGAAUAAUCUUGUGGUAGUUGGCCAGGGAUUUUCCUCAUUGCCGCGUGUUGGGCUUGGAAUUAUUAUCCUUAAAAAACCAACAAUUUUAUACUUAGAAGUGAAUCGAAUGAGCAGCCAUUUGCGUGAUAUAGAUUGCAUUGACAUGGAACCAGUAGAAUCCACCAAAAUAACUCUGUCGAGGAACCGUCCAAUGGUUAAUAGACGUUGCUACCAUAACUCCGAGCAACAGGCGAUUCUGGUUGGCAGAAGUGACAACAUAUUCACUGGUUCAGCAGCACAAAGCUCUUAUGGAUUUUGGAAACAUGGUCAUGCUACUUCAAAUUUAAAAGUAUACAAUUACUAG